CUUGCGGUAACUUUGAAAAACUCCUACAUUAAUUUUAUCUCAAAUAUGUCACAUCCUGACAGCAAUGUUUAUGAUGGUUUUAUGUACACUGGUGGCAUAAAUUUGGGGAAAGUAAGCGGGUUAUACACGAAAAGUUCCAAAGUACGUGUGAUGGAGCGCAGAGUAUGGUGGUUGCGGUGGUGUGCUAUAAUUAGUUCACGGUAAACACGCGAUUUAAACUUUUAUUUUUACAUAACGUAAUCAGAGCUAAGACGUAUCAUUUUGUGCUUAGCCAUAUUGGUGCGUUAAUGGAAUCUUUGAGAGGAAAGGAAAUCCGUUUUAUUACUUUCAUCUCAUAAACACAGUUGACUUGGAUGACAGUUUUUGUAUAAAAUUUUUACGUCAUAGGAUUGAAAAUUUACCGCACAAAAAAAAAAAUUUACCGCACAAAAAGGACGUUACGUUACACACGCUUUUGAAAUCCUAUGAAGUUAAAAAAUCUUGUCUUAUUUACAUAAAGAAAAUUAGAAUUCAGAUGGUAUAUGAAGUAUAAAGGUUGUACAUACAUUUUCUUAAAAAUAAAACUAAGUUAAAGUGCGAGCAAGAAAAAAACUUGAAAAUAAUAUACUACAGGAAAAAAUUAUCUUCGAUUUGGUUCAGUAUCGGAAGAUAGAAACGAAAAGAAUUAUUGGGUAACAUUUUAAUAACAAAUUUUGUGUACGAGAAGUACAAUGUCGCGACCACAUUCACACUCAUUCACAGGCGUAGUGAACAUUGACGAUAAAAUCCUCAAAACGGACAGCUUUGCUAAAGUUACGCGACAAGAACUAGUUGAUAUGGCCUGUAACAUAAAAAAGCCCCCACCGCGUCUCCGAAAAUUAAGUCUCGCUACGAUAACAUGUUACGACGACCCGUAUAAAAAGAGAUCUUUAAAUCAGGUUAAAUUAGAACGGAGCAAUUCACUACCAGAUACGAAAACCUUACACGAUCUAAAUAUCAAUUUUACGAGCUUAACUCGAAAAAAGAACGAGUUGGUAAAAACUCGAAGUGUUACUUUCCAUCCAGAAACUAUCUGUUUAAAUGCAGCUGCUGAUAAUGACUUUGAAGAGCUAAACGACAUUUUGGAAAAUGAUAUUGUGGAUAUAAAUUAUAAAAAUAGCUCGGGAUUGUCCAUGAUACACCACGCAGCCGCUGCAGGAAGCUUUGAGUGUUUGAAAUUAUUACUCGAAAACGAUGCUGAAAUGAAUGCCUUAGAAGAACGCGGUUUUACGCCAUUGGAUUUAGCGAUAAGAGGUGGCUAUUUUGAUUGCGCUUUAUUGUUAAUAAACGCUGGUGCGAGAGUUGAAAAAAUUGUAAAUGGAUUACAGCUUUGAACAGUUUGACUGAACAUAAAGUUGUAUUUCCACAAAAUCUUUCAAUAUGGCUACUCAUACGAGAAGUAAAAUCUUAUUUUUCGCCGGAAAUAUUAAAGCGAACAAUCGUAUUUGGACACAAUCGUGACAUCCGAGUUAAGAUGUUCCACAUCGUUCAAAAGCACGGUUUGUAAAAGUUCGUUAAGUUAAAAAAGCGAAAAUUUUUGUAUGAUGAACAAGUAAAAAAGCUGCGUAUCUACCAAUUCUUUUUAUUUUUUGAUCAUUUCUCAUUGUUCCAUGUGUCUUCUAUAAAAAAAACAUCUGGAUCUGUAUCUCACAGAAAUCUGUAAAUAGGGCCUGUUAGCUUUUGUUAAAAACCUCAAAUAUGUGCUUAAAUAUGUAUUUGAACAUUUAUCAAGUAUUUUUUUAUAUCUAUUUGUACAUAAUAUUUAGUUUUGUCAAGUGUUACAAGAUUAUAUCUAUCACAUGUAUAUAAUGUAGAAAAAAUAUUUUGUUUGUAUUACGAGAAAUGUAAAGUAACUAAGUAAUUUGAUGUGAUCUAUUUGGUUUAUUAAAAACUCCAUAUCGAGAAUGGUCGAAUAAACAGCCCUGUUAUCCACGCGAAUAAACGGCCAGACAGAAAAUGCAAACAAGAAUCCUGUUAAUAAACGCCCUUGUCAAAUUAUCAGAAAAUUUUAAUAAAUGACCAGCGCGCAGUAACAAAAAGCAAAAAAACUUAUUCAACUUUUUUUUGUUGCUUAUCUUCUCUACACAAGAAACUUUCCGCGACAUUUUGUUUUAAAAUGAA